AUGACUGCUAUCGCCAGCCCAGUCAAUCAUGACAUCAUUUGUCAGCGAUACGUGUUGGAUGAUCUCCAACUCUCGGAGACAUUCGACCUUCUUGACGUCGACAAAGACGGUCGUCUUUCACGUAAUGAGAUCGCUGCACUUUUGAGAACCAUCAAUGUUGAGCCCACCCGUGUCGAAUUGGAUUUCAUCUUUGGAGAGAUGGAUACCGAUAAAACCGGAAAAAUUAGCAAGGAAGAGUUUGUCAACUACAUGAAGUCUCCACCGAUCCAUCGAACCACUCUCCGUGAGCUCGAGGUUCAAUUCCGCAAGUUCGAUUCGGAUGGCGACGGAGCUAUCACUGAAGACGAGAUGGCGGAAAUCCUCAGAAGCACUGCCGACUUGGUAGAUCGUGAAGCGAUUCGGGACAUGUUCAAAGCCACCGACUUGAAUGGGGAUGGAAAAAUCACAUUCUUCGAAUUCGUCAGAAUGAUGCAAGAAUAA